CUAUUUCCCAAUAUCCCGUAUUUUGCCUACUCACACACUCCACUCUCUCAUCUCUCCUCAACUGUGACGUUACAAACAAAACUCUCAUUCUGUCAUUGUUGCCGGUCUUUCCGAUGACCGUCUCGUCCGGGUCCCCAUUCGAGUAACGUAUACAGAUGGAGGAAUUCCUGCGUUCACUGCCCACCAAAGACGAGACCAACUUCUCAACCUACUCUACACCAUCACGCGCGGCAUCGAGAACCCAACCAAAGCGUCCAACCGUCUACAUCAAGACGUACGACCCAAACGAAGACCCAAAACCCGAGGGUGUGCCGAUUCGCAACGAGAAAACGAGCAUUUUGUUGAGGUACAUGCAGCAGCAGCAGAAGCAGCAAGAGAAGGAGAAAGAUGCGGAGGUGAGCAAGAGAAAGAGACGCUCGCCGGGCAAGUCGACGGCGAGACGAGGCGAGAGACGGAAAGUGCCUAGACUCGUGCGUGUGGACGACGCGAGAACUGAAGCGGACGGGGAGACGUCAUAGUUGGAGUCACGUGAUGUAGUAGUUAGAGUCACGUGAUGUACAAUGAACUGUUAGUCAUCUCUAGAGGGUCGAAUCGAUGUGUUAAGGUGUACAUUUAGAUGUAUAUGGAGAUACUAAUGUAAGUACUGUAGUGCAAGGAAUUUUGGUGUGUUUUUACCUCUUGGA